CUUUUAUUGUGAAGAACCAGAAUGAGUCGGACUCAGAAACGAAAGUAAACAGUCGCCAUUUUCUCUCCAAAGCGAAGAGACGGAGCAUCAUGGAGCUCCUACACUUUUAUUUUCUGGCUUUAUUUGGAAUAAUAUGUUGUCUUGAAGGACCAGAUAUCAGGACGGUGAGAGUGAGACAAGAUGAAGACGUUGUUUUACCUUGUUCCUCAGGGAAAACUCACCCUGAAUUCUUUGUGUGGAUGAAAGAUUUUCGUCAGGAGGUGUUCGUGUACAUCGGGGGCCGUCAUUAUAAUAACGACUUCCCAGGUCAUGAUCCGCAGUUGAAAGGUCGAGUGUUUCAUUUUGAAGAUGAAGUGCAGUCUGGUAAUGCCUCCAUAGUUAUCAGAAACACGAAGGUGGAAGACAGCGGAAGCUACACCUGUAUGUUUCGAGAUCAUCAUCCACUGAGACAAACCGUUAAUCUGGUUGUUGAGCCAGUCUCCAAAGACAGAACAGCAGAAACCAUCCCAGGUUUAGCUCUGAGGCCGCACGUCGCCAUCCUCGAUCAAGCAAAGUCCUGGGCUCUGCUGCACUGUGAAGUUCAAGAUGCUUUUCCAAAACCUAAGCUGGAGUGGGUGGACAGUGAUAACAACAGAGUUCCUGCUGAAGAAAUAGUCACACAAAUAGGAGGCACAUACAACAUUAUCCUCAGAGCUCGCGUGACCAGAACCGACCACUUUCGCUGUGUAGCUACACAGGAGGAGAUCAACCACACCACCUACACCAAGAUCUUUAUCUAUAUAACUGAGUCCUCCACUGGGCUGAUUGUUGCUGUAGCAGCUCUCAGUGUUCUUCUUCUUCUUCUUAUGGUUCUUUACUACAGACUAAAGUAUAGUAAAGGAAAAUACUUUCAGCAGCUGAUAACCAUGGAAGAGUGGACACCUCAAUGGUCACAGGAGAAGACGUUCUCACUUCCUCCAGAGGAAACUCCUCAGCAGCUGACACGAAGACCAGCCAACCUGCAGAGAUAAACUUAAAGUUACUUUCCUGUCUAUUUUAUUCGAUUGUGUUUUCUUAUUAAACGUCCUUUAGGUCAAACCCAGAGACAGACGGAAGAAGAGCUGAUAGAUACUGAAUGAAUCCUUUCUAUCCACUGGUUAUUGAGAGUCAGCAGAACUGAUCGCAGGUGCUGCAACUGAAUUCAGAGUCUAACUCGCUGCUAAUCAACGGAUUCAAAGACGGACUACAUGACGCCGAUCAGCCACAACAUUAAAACCACCAACCAGUGAAGUGGAUAACACUGAUGACCUCAUUAGCAGGUGGACUGUUGUGAUGAUGAGGUGGUCAUAAUGUUAUGGCUGAUCAGUGGAUAUAUACAUGUCUAUAUACUAUAUUAGUAUAUUCAUUAUUAUCUGUUACCACCAUUAAUCCUUGGUUCUCAGAACAAUCUGUAAGACUUCACAUAAUGACAGUCUGUUCUUUUAAGAUGCACAUUCACCUAAAUCCUGGUUUUAUUUUUAUAGAUUUCAAAUUAUGAACCGAAUGUGAAGAAAAUCAGAUUCACAUCUGUUUCCAUUCUCCACUGUUCUGUGACUGUUUAUCGUGGAGAUAAACAGCAGCUUUAGGAUGAAUGAGACGUUGAGUUCUUCAUCUGCUCAUUAAUGAUUCUGUUAUUUUCUUUAUUUGAUCACAGACUUGUUCUUUAGUUUUGUCUCAUUGUUGGAAUUGAAGAAAAUCUGAUAGAAGAGUAACUUCAACUUCACUUAUAAUCUGUGUGAUUAUAACAUUAACCAUUACUGGUCAAAGGAUCAAAGUAUUUUAGUCUUUUUUAACACUGUGCUGGUUUUGAAUAUGUGGGUUUGUGUGUUCGCUUAAACACAAUAAAAGUGAUUUAAUUUCUGUGA